UAAAUAUGUGAUACCCAAGUCAAGUUAUUAUGUGAAAAUGUCACGUUAUAGUAAGCAUAUUAAGAAACACUGCCCUAGUUUAACACAAUGGAAGGUCCCUGGUUGGAUUUAGCUUGGAAUAGAAGUCAGAAGUUAACCAUUUGUCUGAUUUUGUUGUUCACACAGGAGAGAGACGUGACUAUCUUGGAUCCUCUGGGGAGCCUCAACAACAUCAUGAUGCUGAAGAGGCAGAGAAGAGUCUCUCCAGAUCAGAACACCUCGAGAAACCCGAGCGGAGCAACAUGAAAUCACACCAGCAGACACACACUGGAGAGAAGCCUUACCACUGCUCAGACUGUGGGAUUAGUUUUGCUCAUUCAAGUAGUCUGAAAACACACCUGCUGACACACACAGGUCAGAAGCCUUACCACUGCUCUGACUGUGAGAAGAGCUUUUCAACAUCACAUCAUUUAAAGCUGCACCAGAGAACACACACUGGAGAGAAGCCUUACCACUGCUCUGACUGUGAGAAGAGCUUUUCAACAUCACAUCAUUUAAAGCUGCACCAGAGAACACACACUGGAGAGAAGCCUUACCACUGCUCUGACUGUGAGAAGAGCUUUUCAACAUCACAUCAUUUAAAGCUGCACCAGAGAACACACACUGGAGAGAAGCCUUAUAGCUGUGAUCAAUGUGGGAAGAGAUUCACUCACUCAUCAAACAUGACUGUCCACAAGAAAAUACACACUGGAGAGAAGCCUUACCACUGCUCUGACUGUGGGAAAAGCUUUACCACCAGAAGUGACCUGAUUAUACACCAGAGAACACACACUGGAGAGAAGCCUUAUAGCUGUGAUCAAUGUGGGAAGAGAUUCACUCAGUCAUCAAACAUGACUGUCCACAAGAAAAUACACACUGGAGAGAAGCCUUACCACUGCUCUGACUGUGGGAAAAGCUUUACCACCAGAAGUGACCUGAUUAUACACCAGAGAACACACACUGGAGAGAAGCCGUAUUGUUGUGAUCGGUGUGAGAAGAGAUUUGCUUUCUCAGGUAGCCUGACUUAUCAUAAGCGAACACACACAGGAGAGAAGCCUCACCACUGCUCUGACUGUGGUAAAAGCUUUACCACCAGAAGUGACCUGAUUAUACACCAGAGAACACACACAGGAGAGAAGCCUUAUAGCUGUGAUCAAUGUGGGAAGAGAUUCACUCAGUCAGCAAACAUGACUGUCCACAAGAAAAUACACACUGGAGAGAAGCCUCACCACUGCUCCGACUGUGGGAAGAGUUUUGCUAGAUUAGACAAACUGAUAUCACACCAGAGAACCCACACUGGGGAGAAGCCGUAUGGUUGUGAUCGGUGUGAGAAGAGAUUUGCUUUCUCAAGUAGCCUGACUUGUCAUAAGCGAACCCACACUGGAGAGAAACCGUACCACUGCUCAGACUGUGGUAAACGCUUUAAAACCUCAAGUCACCUGAUUGGACACCAGAGAACACACACAGGAGAGAAGCCUCACCACUGCUCCGACUGUGGGAAGAGUUUUGCUAGAUUAGACAAACUGAUAUCACACCAGAGAACCCACACUGGGGAGAAGCCGUAUGGUUGUGAUCGGUGUGAGAAGAGAUUUGCUUUCUCAAAUAGCCUGACUUAUCAUAAGCUAACCCACACUGGAGAGAAACCGUACCACUGCUCAGACUGUGGUAAAAGCUUUAACACCUCAAGUGGACUGAAUAAACACCAGAGAACACACACCGGAGAGAGGCCUUACCACUGCUCAGACUGUGGGAAGAGUUUUGCAAGGUUAGACAUACUGAUAUCACACCAGAGAACCCACACUGGGGAGAAGCCGUAUGGUUGUGAUCGGUGUGAGAAAAGAUUUGCUUUCUCAAAUAACCUGACUUAUCAUAAGCUAACCCACACUGGAGAGAAACCGUACCACUGCUCUGACUGUGGUAAAAGCUUUCCCACCUCAAGUAGACUGAAUAUACACCAGAGAACACACACAGGAGAGAAGCAUUAUAGCUGUGAUCAAUGUGGGAAGAGAUUCACUCAGUCAGCAAACAUGACUGUCCACAAGAAAAUACACACUGGAGAGAAGCCUCACCACUGCUCCGACUGUGGGAUGAGUUUUGCUACCUCACACAAUCUGGCAGUACACCAAAGAACCCACACCGGAUAGAAACCUUAUAGCUGUGAUCAAUGGGACAAGAGAUACUCUCAUUCAAGUUCUCUGAUUAAACCUAAAAAAGGAGAUCCACUGAGUGUGCAAUGAUCUCCAACACCAGACCUGGGUAGUAGAACACAGAGUCUGGAAUGAUCUCCAUCACCAGACCUGAGUUUUCCCUCCAAAAGAGGGAGAGACUAGAAAGAUGUUGACAUGUUUGCAACACUGAUAUUUUGAAUCUUAACAGUGUCAAUUCCAUCUCUUGGUUUAAGCCACUGUAACAGUUGUGUUUGAACUUGUUGACUGGCUAAAGAGACGUUCCAGAAUGCCUGCCAACUGGCGCUAUGGCAACAUGUUGCUAAAUGAGGCGUGGCCCAGCCUGGUCUGCAGCAGCCAGGUUUACGCUGUUGGCUUUUCAGAGGUAAGCUGUACCCAGAGCAAUGGCGGACGCUAUAUGUUGGUAGAAUGCCCAGAAUUAUUAUCCAUAAUGAAGGAGCAAAAUGGCGAUUUGAACGUUUAGUCCGGUUUUAUUGUACAAUCUUUUCCCUAAAAGUAAAUUGAAUGUCUUCCUUAUUUCAUCAAAAGUAGAUCCAUAAACUCAACGCUUCCAUCACUUUGCAUGGGGGUCGUUGGCAAAGUAGUUUUUUACCAGGAAACUGUAGCGCCCCACAAAAUGAACAUGAAUAUGCUGUAGGAAGUAGCAAGUUAAUUUUUUUCCACUUUCCCAAAAAAGUCUGAUAAAAACGUAUAGCUGAACACAAUAUAAAAUCUUUGGAGGGAGCUGAAAGUCCGUAUUGCCCAGCGACAGCCCCGAAACCUGAAGGAUCUGGAGAA